CUUACUAGAAAACAAAACAAAACAAAAUCCAUUGCCGGCAGGUGAAUUCCAACUCAUAGUGACCUUAUAGGACAGAGUGCCCAGCAGCAUGAGUGCCCAGCAGCAAUCUCUAAACUGGGGAGGGGGGAGCAAUUUCAAGAUGAAUAGACCUUGAUAGCAGCAACCUUCCACAGAAAUACCUUUUCCCCUCUUGUCCGGCUGCCUCAGUCAGGCAGCUUUCAUAUUUGUGGUGCCUCAGAAUGUCAUUCUGUGCUGUCUGGUGUCCCCUUGGACUUGCUGUCUGUGGUAAGUGCCCCUCUCUGCUCCUCCCCCUUGCUGUGCCUCUGGAAGCAGGGGGAGGUGACCCAAGCCGAUAUCCGGUACAAGGGUGGUGGGCGCCAGGUAGCAGGUUUCAGAGCACAGGAGGGGCCCUGAGCUCGGCAGGGCUGGGCUAGGUGCUAGGCUCAAAUUUUGCAGAUACCAGAAGAGGGGGCUGCAUUGCAGAGAUCUAGGGACCAGUUGGAGGGUUCAAAAGCAGAGUCAGGCCCACCCUAGGGUCUUGCAAGGCCCGGCCAUGCCGGGCUGUGGAGGGCCUCGAAUGACCGGCUGGCAUCUGGUCCACAGAACCGGGUGUGGACCAAAUGCCACCCCAGGCGGAUUAUGACUCACCGAGGGGAUGUGGGCAGCUGGCUUGUCAAGGAUAAACAUCACCUAAAACCUGUUUACUACACGCAGUCAGAGGAGCCCUGGUGGUGAUUAAAGCGCUCUGCGGCUAAUCAAAAAGUAGGCAGUUCGAACCUUCAGCCACUCCACGGGAGAGAGAUGUGGCGGUCUGCUUCCGCAAAGAUUUAUAGCCUUGAAAACCGAAGGAGCAGUUCUACUCUGUCCUGUAGAGUCGCUGAGUUGGCAUUCAAGGGAUAGCAGUGGGUUACACCCAGUCUACGAUAUAUAAAGACCCCCAGCCAGUGCCUGGCCCCGCCCUCUGUCGCCGGGGGUAGUCCCUGGGGGCGGAGACAUCCGGAGCUGCCGGGCUCACACAAAGAAGAGCGCACCAGUGUCCCAGCCCGGCUUAGUGCAUUCCAGACCCCGUGCUCGAGCGCACCGCGGAGAACUCGGAGCACCGAGCCCAAAGAUAGCUCUGCGGCAGGACAGGAGCUGCGCCGCGGCCGGGUCUUGUGAUUGGACAGAUGCGCCCGGGCGUCAGGGAGCUUGGACCUGAGUUUGGUAAAACUCCUGGAAAGGGCAACAGGGCGGCGGCAAGAUGCAAGCGGAAAAGCCCUGCGCCUCCGAAGCCUCUUGUGCCCCUGGUGCCCCCGAUGCCCAGGGAGCACAGCGGGCGCCCAGCCUCGAGCGGUGCCUGUCCAGCCAGUUGCUGCCCGAGCUUUACACUUUCAUGGCGCGAGUGCUGUUCUACCUGGCGCCAGUCUAUCUAGCAGGCUACCUGGGGCUCAGCAUAAUCUGGUUGCUGAUCGGCGCCUUGUUGUGGAUGUGGUGGAGCAAGAUUCGCGACGCGAAGCUUGGGCGCCUGGCGGCCGCCUUCGAAUUCCUGAACAACGAGCGCCAGUUCAUCAGCCGCGAGCUGCGGGGCCAGCAUCUGCCGGCCUGGAUCCACUUCCCGGAUGUGGAGCGGGUCGACUGGGCAAACAAGAUCAUCUCCCAGAUCUGGCCCUACCUAAGCAUGAUCAUGGAAGACAAAUUCCGGAAGAAACUCGAGCCCAAGAUCCGGGAGAAGAGCAUCCACCUGAGGACCUUCACCUUUACCAAGCUCUGUUUUGGACAGAAGUGCCCUCGGAUCAAUGGUGUCAAGGCCUACGCUAACAAGUAUAACCGAAGACAGGUGGUAGUAGACCUGCAGCUGUGCUAUAUUGGGGACUGUGAAAUCAGCGUGGAGCUGCAGAAGAUACAGGCUGGUGUGAAAGGCAUUCAGCUGCAGGGCACACUGCGGGUCAUCCUGGAGCCCCUCCUAGUGGACAAGCCCUUCGUGGGAGCUGUGACCCUGUUCUUCCUACAGAAGCCGCACCUGCAGAUCAACUGGACAGGUCUGACCAACCUGCUGGAUGCACCAGGAAUCAACGAGGUGUCUGACAGCCUACUGGAGGACCUCAUCGCCACCCACCUGGUGCUGCCCAACCGAGUGACUGUGCCUGUGAAGAAGGGCUUGGACGUGACCAACUUGCGCUUCCCUCUGCCCUGCGGGGUGAUCAGAGUCCACUUGUUGGAGGCAGAGAAGCUGGCCCAGAAGGACAACUUCCUGGGGCUCCGAGGCAAGUCAGACCCCUAUGCCAAGGUCAGCAUCGGCCUGCAGCACUUCCGGAGCAGGACCAUCUACAGGAACCUGAACCCUACUUGGAACGAGGUGUUUGAGCUCAUAGUGUAUGAAGUCCCUGGGCAAGACCUGGAGGUGGACCUAUAUGAUGAGGAUCCUGACAGGGACGACUUCCUGGGCAGCCUGCAGAUCUGCCUUGGUGACGUCAUGACCAACAGAGUGGUGGACGAGUGGUUUGUCCUAAACGACACAACCAGUGGGCGGGUGCAUCUGCGGCUGGAGUGGCUUGCACUGACCACUGACCAGGAAUUUCUGGCUGAGGACCCUGGCAGCCUCUCCACCGCCAUCCUUGUGGUCUUCCUGGAGAGCGCCUGCAACCUGCCGAGAAGCCCUUUUGACUACCUGAAUGGUGAAUAUCGAGCCAAAAAACUCUCUAGGUUUGCCAAGAAUAAGGUCAGCAGAGACCCUUCUUCGUAUGUCAAGCUAUCCGUAGGCAAGAAGACACACAUGAGCAAGACAUGUCACCACAGCAAGGACCCCGUGUGGGGCCAAGUGUUCUCCUUCUUUGUGCACAAUGUGGCAGCUGAACGGCUACAUCUGAAGGUGCUUGAUGAUGACCAGGAGUAUGCUCUGGGAGUGCUGGAGAUCCCCCUGUGCCAGAUCCUCUCCUGUGCAGACCUCACCCUUGAACAGCGCUUUCAGCUGGACCUCUCGGGCCUGGACAGCCUCAUCUCCAUGAGGCUGGUGCUGCGGUUCCUGCGUGUGGAGGAACGAGAGAUGGGGAGCCCAUACACGGGACCUGAAGCCCUAAAGAAAGGUCCUCUGUUUAUCAAGAAGGUGGCCACAAACCAGGGCCCCAAAGCCCCACCCCAGGGAGAGGGCCCUGAAGAUGUACCAUGUCCCCCAGAUCCUGCUUCUGACACCAAGGAGACCUCCAAGAGCACCACAACAACCACCAGUGCUACCACUGUUGUCACUGAGCCCACACCCCAACAGACAGGCCCAAAGCCCAAAGGCAAGGAGAAUGCCAAAGGGUUCUAUGAGCACGUGGAAGAGAAGAAGAGCUCAGCUACCAUCUUCCUAACUGUCCCAGGCCCCCAUUCUCCAGAGCCCGUGAAGUCACCCAGACCCAUGAACUGCCCUGCCUCCCUGUUUGCAAGCAAGCCCAAGGCACUGGCUCCCAGCCUGUCCUCGCUCAAUUCCCUGGCCUCCUCCUGCUUUGACCUGACAGAUAUCAGCCUCAACAUUGAAGGCGGGAAUCUGAGGCAACAGCCACUGGGUGAGAUUCAGCUCACGGUGCGCUACGUGUGUCUGCGGCACUGCCUCAGUGUGCUAAUCAACGGCUGCAGAAACCUGACACCCUGUACGAGCAGUGGAGCUGAUCCCUACGUCCGUGUGUACUUGUUGCCAGAAAGGAGGUGGGCAAGUCGUAAGAAGACCUCAGUGAAGCGGAAGACCCUGGAGCCCCAGUUUGAUGAGACAUUUGAGUUCUUUGUUCCCAUGGAAGAAGUAAAGAAAAGGUCACUAGAUGUUGCAGUGAAAAACAGUAGGCCACUUGGCUCACACAGAAGAAAGGAGCUAGGAAAAGUACUGAUUGACUUAUCAAAAGAAGAUUUGAUUAGGGGCUUUUCACAAUGGUACAAACUGACUCCAGAUGGACAGCCUGAAAGUUGAUGAUGAGCACCACUGAGCAUUGCUAGCACCUUCAUUCCUUUAUAUUAAAAUGCGUAUAUAUGUAUAUUUUGUAAUUUAAAUCAGAACAGUCAUUUGAAAAUAUAUAUGUACAUUCCUGUGUGAAAUUUUACUCUUUUUUCAAUGACUGGAUAGUACUAGGAAGAGGCAGACAUGUAAAUGCAAAAACUACUGUUUCUUGGUUGGAUUUUAUUAUUUGAAUCCAGAAAAAAAUCGGGUAUUUCACCUAGUAAAUCAUUAUCAUAACCUAACUGGUUACUUUUUCAGUUUUGAUAUGUAAUUAGAGACCAUACUGACCUGUAUGUAGUAAGAGUCCUAUUCCUGACACUGGGGGAGAGGGGGUUCUAUUACUGGAGUAUUCCUGGGCCGUGACUGACCAAGGGAUAAAGAUUCUUUUACGGGAGUAAAAAGUGACCCACUCUAAAACAGUGCCAAAGCCUGCUGGUUGCCACCUCUGAUGCUUCCAUGCCUGGAGAUUUAUUCCAGUCUCUGAUUUGGAACUAAAAUGUACUUUCCCUUUGGCAACAGUACUAUAGAGAUAUCAAUUAAAUACCUCUUGUGUGGGAUGGCCUGGGACCACACACUAGCAUGUGGCAUUAUUUCUCUCUGGAAAUGCAAGCUUAAUUCCAAACCCAGGUCUACAGCUAAACUACCAUAGAAAAAUGCUGCAGACUGCUGAAGAGUGUCACUGCCAGAGAGGAAACAGCUUUCUGUAUCUGAGACAGGCUUAGGAAUUCAGUUCCACUUUUCCAUGAGAUUGGCUGGUCUACCUAAAUAACAUGUUAAAAGCAAAUUACGUAAAUUAUAUAUUUAAACAAGUACUUUUUUUGCAUUUCAAACUUUAUAAAACCAAAUAUACUGCUUGUCCCCUCUCACUUUCCUGGAGCUGUCAGGUCACACCCUCCUCUCUUAUCCACUUAGGCACAACCCCCCUGCCACACUAUCCCACCACUGCCUUCACGCUGCUUUUCUGAAGAAUGGCACCAUCCUGAAGUUUUUGUCCUGGUAGUCUCACUUAUAAAUUAUCUACAAUUUCUUGCUUUUUAUAAGAUCAAAGCCUACCUGUUAAUUUGCCUUUUAGGCCUAAUAUAAUCUGGUCUCCAAUUUUCUGCUACUUUAUUCAUGUGCAGAUACUUCAUUCCAGAAUGGUUCAAAAACUUUAACCUGCCUACUUGAAUCCUACUCCCUCUUUAAAGGCCUAGCUCAAAUCUCCAUUAAGCCAGUCCAGGAUGAAACGGCCUCUCUCCACCACCUCCACAGCAUUUACUGUCAACACUGUGCAUUUUCCAUCUUAACAAUUCCCUGCCUUGUGACAUUUAAUUAAAAAAAAAAAAAAUGUUUAUUAGGCAUUUACUAAGGUCAUAUACAAAGCAUCUACUUUACUGUGUUUCGACACUUAAUGUUUGCGUUGACUCUUCAACUGAACUGUAACUACCUGAAUUGUUUUUCACUCCUACCAUCCAAGACUGUGCUAAACACAUGGUAGAUGUGUAAUAAAAUUUGUUUCCGCUGUGCUUUCUGUCUUGAAUGACAAAUUCUCUUCAGUCAAAUGGGGCAACCGAUGCCUGUCCUGUCUACCUCACAAUACCAUUGUGAUGCUCAUUAAAUACACAAAUGCUUGGAAAAUGGUAAAGUACCAGAGACAUAUAUAUCACAUCCUGAAUAUUGGCAGUCCAGAACAAGUACUGAUCAAGAUGGUGACCCAAAGGACUAAUGGGCCACAACUAUCACAGACUCCACCAGACGGAGUCUAGCACAACUAGAUGGUUCCUGGCUUCUCCUGGCUACCACUGACUACUCUGACAGGGAUCACAAUAGAGGGUCCCAGACAGAGCUGAAGAAAAAUGUAGAACAAAAUUCUAGCUCACACACACACAAAUAAAACAGACUUACUGGUCUGACAGAGACUGGAGAAACCCCGAGAGUAUGUCCUCCAGAAACCCUUAUAGCUCAGUAAUAAAGUCAUUCAGGCCCAUAAAACAAAACGAGACUAAAUGGCCACACCAGUCCAGGGGCAAGGAUGAGAAGGCAGGAGGGCACAGGAAGGCUGGUAAUGGGAGAGUGUUGACAUGUCGCGGGUGGCAACCAAGGUCACAGAACAAUAUAUGUACGAAUUGUUUAAUGAGAAACUUGUUUGCUUUGUAAACCUUCAUCUAAAGUACAAUUGAAAACAAUUAAAAACAAGAAAAAGAUGGUGACAAAGCAGACAAGUGAAAACCCACCCCUCAGAAUGUAAUCAGUGUCACUGAAUUAUACAUGUAGAAACUGUUGAAUUGGUAUAUGUUUUACUGUACAUAUUUUCAACAAUAAAAAUAUACAAAAAAGAAAACCCAACCCUCCUUUUCCAAACACACAGAAAAUCUAAUUAAAACACGAAUAAAAUGUGUUUUAAACAUGGUCAGUUAAAAAGUAACACAGGUUAAGUUCCAGGUCCAAAGAGAAAACCAAAUCAGUGUAUAGGGGCUUAAGGGGAGUUCAGGUGUUUUUGGGAUUAGAAUGUUAGCAUACACCAGACAGGAGAUAAGGCUACAGGCCAUGUGCGUGCAACAUGGAGGUGAAAAGUUGUCCCAUCAGAAAACACCUUGGCUACAAAUAAGGGCAAGGAAUUGGUUGCCAGAAAUGGGUGGAAACAAUCAACUGUGAGAAACUAAAGGCCCUAGUCUUCCCCAUGGGAGCAUGGGGUCUGAAGUUACAAAACAUCAACUUGCAGGGGGAACCCCCAGACCUAGAAACUGUUAUGAAAAUUGCUUUAGAACCUGGAACUCUGUGAAGCCCUGACAGAAGUAACCAUAAAACUGGCCCUGAGGUUGCCUCUCCCAGCCAGGCCACAUGUGGGACUACUGCAGCUGACAAUUCCCAUUAAAAGGAA